UUUCAAUUUUUUUAAACCGUAAAAAAUUUGUACGAUUUCAGCAAUGGUCAGAGAAUUGACUCGUCUUGAUAAGCAGCACAUAUCGGUGGAACAAAUGAAAAUGUCUGUAGAUCAGAUAUUGGAAUGCAAUAUCCGAAAUAUGCAUGCUCCUCCAUCACCGUUGGUAGAGAACUACUUGCGGGAAGCGGGUUUUUGGCACGUGGCAACGGUUGGCUGGGGAUGCAAGGUGGACCCGAACUAAUUAGUGCGUUGAUCGAGAGGUGGAGACCCGAGACACACAUAUUCCAUCUUCCAUGUGGAGAAUGCACUAUCACUUUGGAAGAUGUCAGUCUGCAAUUGGGAUUGUCGGUGGACGGGUACCCAGUCACCUGGUCUGCCCAAUCUAGCGAUUGGGGAGCGAUGUGCUACGAGCUUUUAGGCGUUAUUCCGGAGAAAAUGGACGGAGGUAAGAUCGAGAUGGGCUGGUUACGAGACACAUUCUCGGAUCCGGAUGAAGAUUCAACCAAAAUAGAAAGAAUCCGAUAUGCUUGGGCAUACAUUCUUAAGUUAAUUGGAGGUUAUCUGAUGCCGAACUCGUCACAGAGCCGCGUACAUCUAAGACGGCUGUUGAAACUCGUUGAUUUUAGAGCAGCUAGUGAAUUGAGUUGGGGGACUGCCGUCUUGGUAACGUUAUAUCGGGAGAUGUGCUGGGCGACGCGACCGAGGAAAGCAAAAAUCAAAGGUUGCCUGUCACUAAUGCAGUCAUGGGCACAGUUUCGCUCUCCAUUUCUACGUCCUCGAGUGGACCAGCCAUAUACAUUCCCACUCAUAACGAGGUGGAACCAUCCGGCAAGUCAUGCUCGAUUACCUACCUCUCUUGAAGACGGCUUCUAUUAGACCAAAAGUUGGAAGCACAUUUUCAAUGGACACCAUACGAUGAGCCGGUAAUUCGGGCAGUAAUUCCAGAUGAGUUCUUACAAAAUCCAAACGCUUGGCACGCGAAAGUCGCGUUGAUCAACUACGUGACCGUGAGAUGCACCAGUCAGACAGGGUAUUACGGCAAUUUGGAUGUAGACAACCGAUUCCCGUGGAACCUGAGGUGUUUGACGAUCAGCACAAAAUCGACAUUUGGCUAUUGAAUACGGAUUGGCCAAGAUUCUGGUCCGAGUACAUCCAAAUGUGGGAAGAUCGGUAUGAUUAUAUACCUACUAGGGAACCAAUCAUCGUUCCGGAGUUAGUGUGCGUGCCGAAAUACAUAUCAUGGUUUAGGAUCCAUGGCAAGUCGUAUUUACUGUCGCCAGAGGAGAGGCAGCGGAAAUUACGUGUCCAAAGGGAAAGACGCAGGCCUUUAAAUCCAAUACGACAGGACGACGACACUGGCCCCUCAAUGAGGCUCAGACAUUCACCUGGCCCAUCAUCAGCGGCUAUUCAAUCACCAGGCCCAACGAUAGCACCGACACAGUCACCCGAGCCAGCAGUUCAACCGAUGAUACCCACGCAACCGCCUUUUCAGAUGAUGCCAGGUGCAUUUCCUAGCCCUUUUAUGUAUCCUAACCCUUAUAUAUUUCCUUUUUCGAGUUCUAUGGCAGGUUGGAGCCAAUGGCCCGGUUCAGCUCCAUUUCCUGUUACGCCGAGUGGACCGCUGAUGUAUAGGCUAGCAACGCACGAGGGAUCGCCAGAGGGGCCGUCGGGAAGCUCAUCUUUUUACCAAUCCCCACCACUGUAUGGGUUUCAAACACCGUCACCGUUGGUGAUGCAAACACCUCCCCAUUCACUAUUCUAUCAAGGUGGCUCAUCGUCCCAACUCCGACAACCAGAUGUCCUACCGGAAGAACCAAAAUCCCCGCCGGAGGAACCACAACCGCCGCCAGAAGCUGGACAAAGGAGGAAUCCAGCACGUAACCGUCGAUAGCCGCCAUGUGGCAUUGAAUCUGGCGGGCACAGACAUUGAUUUUUGUAUUUAAAUUAUUUGUACAAAUAUUUUGAAUAUUUUGAUAUUAUUUAAUGUAAUAAAAUAGAAUUUUUUUUAUCGUUA